UGCGCCUUCUUUUCCCGCCCGGCUCCGUGGCGGUGGCGGCCUGACAGGAAGCCUGAGUGGGAUGCGGCUGACGCGGAAACGGUUCUGCUCGUUUCUCAUCGCGCUGUACUGCCUCUUCUCCCUCUACGCCGCCUACUACGUCUUCUUAGGGCGUCGCCGCCUGGGGCCGGCCGCGAUCCGCCGGGGCCUCAGGAAAUGGGAGGCCGCGGCGCGGGGGAGGCGCGGCGGAGGAUUGUAUCUCUGGGAACAUAUUUUUGAAGGCUCACUUGAUCCCACUGAUGUGACUGCUCAGUGGAGAGAAGGAAACUCAGUUGUAGGAAGAACACAUUACAGCUUCAUCACUGGUCCAUCUGUAAUCCCAGGGUACUUUUCUGUUGAUGUGAGAAAUGUGGUACUCAUUUUAAAUGGAAGAGAAAACUCAAAGGUCUAUUAUGCCACCCAGUGGUUAUACUAUGCACAACGUCUAAUGCUAAGUCAAAAAAUCCAGCAUUUUGCUGUUGUUUUGCUUGGAAAUGAAUAUUGUGAUAAUGAAUGGAUACACCAAUUCCUCAAAAGAAAUGGUGGCUUUGUGGAGCUGCUUUUUAUAAUAUAUGACAGCCCCUGGAUUAAUGAUGUGGAUAUUUUUCAAUGGCCUUUAGGAGUAGCAACAUACAGGAAUUUUCCUGUGGUGGAGACAAGUUGGUCAAUGCUGCAUGAUGAGAGGCCGUACUUAUGUAAUUUCUUAGGAACUGUUUAUGAAAAUUCAUCCAGACAAGAACUAAUGGACAUUUUGAAAGAAAAUGGGAACGAUAAGUUUUGUUGGGUUUCAGUAAGAGAACAGUGGCAGCCUCAGGAAACAAAUGAAAGUCUUAAGAAUUACCAGGAUGCUUUGCUUCAGAGUGAUCUCACGUUGUGCCCAGUAGGACUAAACACAGAAUGUUAUAGAAUAUAUGAGGCUUGCUCCUAUGGCUCCAUCCCUGUGGUAGAAGACGUGAUGACAUCCAGCCGCUGUGGAAAUACAUCUGUGCACCAUAAUGCUCCUCUGCAGUUACUCAAGUCCAUGGGCGCUCCCUUUAUCUUUAUUAAGAACUGGAAGGAACUUCCUGCUGUAUUAGAAAAAGAGAAAACUAUAAUUUUACAAGAAAAGAUUCAAAGGAGAAAAAUGUUACUUCAGUGGUAUCAACACUUCAAAACAGAGCUAAAAAUGAAAUUUAAUAAUAUUUUAGAAAGUUCAUUUUUCAUGAAAAAUAAAAAUUAA